UCCUUUAAGUCUUCUGGUCUAUUCUAGAAUCUGGCUUGUCAUGUCAACAUCCCCCCCUCACUUGAUCGCCAGCUCGUUGGGCGACUGGGACUCUCCAUCUGUCUCGUUACAACGAGUAUUCUUGAGCUCUGAGCCAUUCAAAAACUCGGUUGUCAUUGAAGGCACUGCUGCUGUGGAUACUCGAUUUUUCCGUCGCAUCCUCAAUUCUCAUCCAUCUCCAUUCGCCAUCACUGUCGCACUUACGGUGGCAGGCUCUCUCCGCCCUCUGGAUUGGAACCAAGAGGACUUUGAACAAUCUGGGCUGGAGCACAGCCGAUCGAACCCUUCGUCGAGAAUCACUUUCCAAAGACGUGCUGCCCUCGAGGGGUGCAUUUGCACCGUUGCAUUUUCCAUCUCCAUUCCGCACGACCUCAUCAUUGGAGAGGCCACGAAACAAGGGCCUGACACCAGAUCCCAGCAGUUCUAUGGCGUUGCGGUGAAAGCGUAUGAUGGAAGGGGCCGAACUACUCAGACGAACAUCGCCACCUUCGCAUUGCAGAUACCUUCCUCCUAUACCUUAUCGAAUAACCGGAAGCGCUCGUCGCUAUUGGAAGUGCGAAGGCGGAGCAGGGAGAUACAAAACUCGCGGGAAUUUUCAGCUACGGUCAAACAAAGGCGGAGGAGCUUUCUUCGCCGUGGCAGCAUUCUUCGAACGUGGAGAAAGUGAUGAGUUGGUGGGCUUUGUUCUCAAAAUACAUGCAACCUGUCUUUUCUACCGUUUCUUAUACCAAGCAUCCCUCCGACAAUGUACUGAAGGGGAUUUAUUACCAAGGGAGCAAAAUGAUCCGCAGUUUGUUAUGCACGGCAUUGUAGUAGCACUCUCACGCAUCAUGUAUGUAUGUAUUUCUAAGGUGGUUGGUUCCAUCAAAACUGGGGAUCUGGGGUGCCAUUUAUUCACUUUGACUUGGGGGCAGUGAGUAUGCACGGACUGAUUGAAUAAUCUCUAACAAGUGCCAACCAUGGAGCAGGUCCCUGUUUUGUUCUGCAUCGGGUCGAAUCACUCAUCUUCCACCCAUCCUAGCCAGUAGAGUUGACUCCCUAGUGCGCUGACGGGACGGCAGGCACACGCUUGAGCUCACCAGAAUGGAAUC